AUGCUGAGCUCACUGGGGUUCCGAACGACAGACACGUUGAUUGCACUAUGUGGAACGGCCACUGGUUUGAGAUCCUUUUCAUUGAAGAUGGUACCGGAGCUUCAAGACGGCAACCUAGCCAAGUUCGUCCGCACCGCCGUCAAUUCACACAAGAACUUGCGAACGCUCCGGAUUGAGUCCUAUGAUCUUGGAUUGGCAACGUGUGAAGCCUUGGCGUGUACAUUGAAACAGAGCCAAACCUUAAAGGCUCUGAGACUGUCGCUUUGUCCCUCAAUGGAUGAUGUCCUUCCUCUUAUCAAAGCACUUCAAUCCCCCAGGGCAGGCUUGGAAGAGCUUGUCUUCCAUGUAGACUAUCUGAGUGAACGAUUGGGCGACCGAAAGCAUUUCCUGAAUUGCACAGCCGAAAUGCUUCGGACAAACUAUACGCUGAAGUGCAUUCGAGGGAUUUCGUGGGGCGCGACCCACACCAUUAUCCCAUUCUACCUGCAACUGAACCAUGUUGGAAGGGCAAGGUUGCUGGGCAGCGACACGGCACAGCCGAAAGAUUGGAUUGACACACUGAUUGCCAAUCGCCACGACACUCGGGUUGUCCAUUAUCUUCUGCUAUCCAACCCUACAAUUUGCACCAGCAGCAUUUUUGCUGCAUAG